AUGCCUCCCGCGAUGCAGACUCGAGUACCCUCGACAAACCUGCUCCGAUUCCUGCGGUCGCAAACGGAGGCCUCAAUCUUCAGCAGCCGGAACCAAGGCAUCGAUUCCGCCGCCUGUAUCUCCCGAUGUGGCGGCUCCCCUCGACCAGCAGCUCAAUACUCCCGGUGCCUCGCGAGGCGGACCCCAAAGACGGGCACGAGAUCCCUCUCGAGUGCGACGACGACGACGACGAGCUGUAGACGACCCGAGCUCCACAUCACCGCCGCGGCCCGGAUAUCCCGCAGGCCAAGAGCCCUCGAACCACUAGCGACAGCAGCAUCGUCGUCGCCCUCGACGGCCACCGCCUUCUUUAGCACAACCCGCGUGAGGCAAGAUGCCUGUGACGACGACCCAUCGGUCCCCCGCCGGCGGACGUGGAAGGAGAAGCUCUGGGGGAUCAGGAGCUGGGGCGGCGCCAAGGCGCUGAAGCCCAACGACCUCCCCUUCCACGACGAAGGGGGCUCCAUGUUCAACAAUCGCCGCGUUUUGACUGCCAAAGCUGCGCUUGAGCCGAGGCUGCGGUGCACAGAGGUGGACGAGAACGGCGAGGUCAUCUUGGUGGAUGGCGAGUUCAAGAAGACGGAGCUCAUCGCAAAGUACGGCCUGCUACCCCGCGACUUGCGAAAGAUUGACUCGUCAAACCUCCCUCACAUCUUUGUCCGCCAGUCCGCCAUCCUCCUCAACCUCCUCCACCUCAAAGUCCUCAUCAAAAAGGACCGCGUCCUCCUCUUCGACGUCUACGGCUCAAAGACGUCCUACCCGCAAUCUGCCUUCAUGUACGACCUGCAAGGCAAGCUGAAACAGAAAAACGCCCAGGGCGGCGGCGGCAACGGCGUAGGCGGUCUCCCCUACGAGUUCCGCGCUCUCGAGGCCGUCCUCACCUCCGUGACGUCGGAGCUCGAGGCCGACUUCGAGUCCGUUCGGGACCCCGUCAUCCGCGUCCUCAGCGAGCUCGAGCACGACAUCGACCGCCACAAGCUGCGCGUCCUACUCAUCCUCUCCAAGCGCGUGAGCACCUUUGAGCAAAAGGCCAAGCUGGUCCGCGACGCCAUUGAGGAGCUGCUCGAGGCCGACGACGACCUGGCUGCCAUGUACCUCACCGAAAAGGCCCACGACCUCUACCGCGGCGUCGACGACCAUACCGAGGUGGAGCUGCUGCUGGAAUCGUACAACAAGCUCUGCGAUGAAAUCGUCCAGGAGGCUCAGAACUUGGUGUCUGGCAUCCGCAACACUGAGGAGAUCAUCCGCGCAAUCCUAGACGCCAACCGCAACGCCCUCAUGCUCCUAGACCUCCGCUUCAGCGUCGGCACCCUAGGCCUAGCAAUGGGCACCUUCCUCGCGGGCCUCUACGGCAUGAACCUCGAAAACUUCAUCGAGGCCACCAACUGGGGCUUCGCCGGCGUCACAAUCACCUCGACAAUCUGCUCCCUCAUCGUCUGCUGGUACGGCCUCGUCAAGCUCCGCAAGGUCCAGCGCGUCAAAAUGAUGUUUGACGAGCGCGGGCCCCUGACGCGCAACACUCGCUCCCUGCUGUCGUCGUCGUCCUCGUCUUCUUCCUCGUCGUCGUCAGCGCACGCUCAGCAGCAGGCCGUCGGUCAACAGCACUGGUUCCAGGACGACGGGCCGGGGAGCCAGCUGGACGCGAGGAACCGCGAAAAGAUGCGGCGCGUGACGAAUCAAAAGGCUGCUGCGGCGGCGAAUGCCAAGAGCACGACCAAGAAAUGGUUCCAGUGA